UAUAAAAGAAAAAAAAAGUCACUCGUCAGGGAGGAGGUAACAUUUCCGGCUUCUCACUCCAGUAAUAAUCAUCAUUUUACAAGUUAUAAUUCAGAUUGGUUUGAUGACCACAAGCUGUGUCUGGAAGCCUGAAACUCUGCCACAUCCUCAUUACAUUCCAGGGAAACGGGGGAGGGAGCAUCGGGGGAGACAGAGGCAGGGAGGAGCUGGACUGAUACAGGAGAGGGAGAAAGAGGGAGAUCAGGACGGGGAGAGGAGUCGGAGGAGGAGGAGGAGACAGCGAGCUGGGCUCAUGAGUGACGGAGGUGACGGUGGAAGAGCAAGCCAUCUGGAGUUUGAUGCGGUGAUAACCAUUGCAGACGUGCAAUAGGCAGCAUGUCAAAUUCACAUACGAGUAGUAUGACCUGGUUACCAGGGACAGAGUGUCUAGCUAGGUUUGAAUUCAAAGGAACAACAGCUGAUGACCUCUCCUUCAGGAAGGGGGAGGUUAUCACUAUCAUCAAAGCAACAAAGGAUCCUAAUUGGUACAAGGCUAGAAAUGAACAAGGUCUUGAAGGAAUGAUACCAGCGAACUAUGUCAAGAAAAGGGAAGGAGUCAAACUACAAACCAUGCCAUGGUUCCAUGGUAAGAUCACAAGGGAACAAGCAGAAGACCUUCUACAGCCUCGGGAAGAUGGCCUGUUCUUGGUGCGCGAGAGUACAAACUACCCCGGCGACUACACACUCUGUGUGUGUUUCAUGAGGAAGGUCGAACAUUACAGGGUUAUCUAUGAGAAGAACAAACUCACCAUCGAUAGCGAAGAGUUCUUUGAAAACCUUACAAAACUUGUAGAGCAUUACCAAAGUGAAGCAGAUGGCUUGUGUGCUAGGCUGACCAAAUCAAUACCAAAGAAAGGAGGACAGCUCAACCUGUCUGUCGACUCAAAUGCAUUUAUACAGAGUGGCUGGGCCAUCAACAACAAAGACAUCCAUUUAGGUUCGUGUAUUGGUGCUGGAAACUUCGGUGAUGUACUGCAAGGGACAUACCAAGGAAGGAAAGUAGCCAUCAAGCAAGUCAAAGACAACAGUACAGCUGCACAAGCAUUCCUGGCAGAAGCCUCCGUCAUGACGACGUUAAAACAUCCCAACCUGGUUCAGCUUUUAGGGGUAGUGUUAGGCAAUCCUCUCUACAUCGUCCUUGAGUUCAUGUCAAAGGGUAAUCUUGUGGACUAUCUGAGGUCGAGAGGGAGAAAUGUUAUCACUCCAAGACAUCUACUUAAAUUUGCCAGUGAUGUGUGCAAUGGCAUGGCUUACCUUGAAGAGAAGAAAUUUGUCCAUCGAGACCUUGCGGCGAGGAACAUCCUAGUCUCGGAACAGGAUAUAGCCAAGGUAUCGGACUUUGGUCUAUCUCAAGAGGCUACUCUCAAUCAAGAAGGAGGCAAGUUCCCCAUCAAGUGGACUGCACCAGAGGCUCUUAGAAAAAAGGAAUUUUCUUCCAUGUCUGAUGUAUGGAGUUAUGGAAUCUUUAUGUGGGAGCUCUACUCAUUUGGAAGAGUGCCAUAUCCUCGUGUGCCAUUAUCGGAGGUCGUUGCCCAUGUUGAGAAGGGCUACAGGAUGGAAUCGCCUGAAGGUUGCCCAGACUAUGUAUACAAGGUAAUGAAGGAUUGUUGGGACAUCACUCCGAAGAAGAGACCAACCUUCAGGCACAUACGCUCUCAACUCAACCAUUUCAUGUCACGAUGAGAUUAUCAUCUAGCAGAAAAAGAAAUGGACAAUUCAUGGAAAUGUACUUAGGAUACUUCUCCUGAAAAACUUUUGUUUCCUAGCUUUCUUUCAAAUGUACAGUAAGCACGUCACAUUUACAACUCACCUAUUUCAUGUCAUGAAAAGAAAGUGAUUUUUUAAGUACUUGCUUCUCCCACUUUUAUUCUCUAGCUUUGUUUUUUAACCUCCAUUAUAAAGGUCAUUACACUCACAACUCACUUGCUUCUCCUGUUAUACUUUGAUUUUGUUAG